AUGUCAAGCCAGUGCAUAUACCCGCGACAAUUUUACAACAGAGAGAACCUCUCUCUUCAGUCGUCGGGUCCCUGGAAAGAGUACCCGUUCUGUCUGAACAAGGGUUAUAUGUCUGGGUCACCCGGCCCAGUACGUAUUAUCACCAACUCUGCUGCGCCUGGGGAGUUUGAUGUGGUGUACCAUCCGGUAAGGACAGAGAACUCAGCUUGUCUGGCUAAGUACCGGCCAAAGGGGUAUCAAAAGGGUGCUGUACCAAAGCCCCUCCCCUCGAGCGAGCUGAGCAGCCAGCCAACACCAAGUUCGAGUGGUGGUGUCUCUUCACUGCAGGACAACCCGUAUAUCGCUGCUCAUAUGGCGGGUUACCAGCAGGGAAUUACGGCUGCCUACUAUGCCCAGAGUCUGCCGGUGACUUAUGCUGUACCUGUCCUAGUACCAGCGUUCACUUACGCCUAUGUUCCUGUUUACGGCCAGUACCUAUACUGA